GGCCGCGCUCAGCCGGGGCCGCCGCCGUCUGCGGAGGGGCCCGGGCGGCGCGGGGGCUGCGGAACGAGGAGUUCACAGUGUUUCCCGUGCGAGGAGAAGUCCUGGAGCUGGAAUCGCUCACAUAACCCUUAAAGAUGAAGGCAGCAGAUGAGCCUGCCUACCUGACAGUGGGGACUGAUGUCAGUGCCAAGUACCGKGGUGCCUUCUGCGAGGCAAAGAUUAAGACGGUGAAAAGGCUUGUGAAAGUCAAGGUGGUCUUGAAGGGGGAUAACUCAACUCAGUUAGUGCAAGAUGACCAAGUGAAAGGACCUCUAAGAGUUGGAGCAAUGGUUGAAACCAAAAUGCCUGAUGGAUCCUUUCAGGAAGCUGUUAUCAGCAAGCUGACGGAUGCCAGUUGGUACACUGUAGUUUUUGACGAUGGUGAUGAAAGGACCUUGAGACGAACUUCAUUAUGCUUGAAGGGAGAAAGGCACUUUGCAGAAAGUGAGACACUUGAUCAACUGCCACUAACCAAUCCAGAGCACUUUGGAACUCCAGUUAUUGGGAAGAAGUCUAAUAGAGGGAGAAGAUCUUCUCUUCCUGUCACUGAAGAUGAAAAGGAAGAAGAAAGCAGUGAAGAAGAGGAUGAAGAUAAGAGGCGCCUCAACGAUGAAUUGCUUGGCAAGGUUGUGAGUGUGACUUGUAAUUCAGAGAAGGCAGACUGGUACCCAGCUUUGGUUGUGUCACCGAGCUGCAAUGACGAUGUUACUGUGAAAAAGGACCAGUGUUUAGUUCGAUCCUUCACAGAUUCCAAAUUUUACUCAAUAGCAAGAAAAGACAUUAAGGAACUAGAUCUUCAAAACUUACCAAAAUCAGAGUCCUCUCCAAAAAAAGGGCUACAGGAGGCAACCACAUUUCUCAGCACCAAGGGUGUUCCUCGGAACUGGAAAAUGGACAUCAGUGAAAUUCUGGAGUCCUCCAGCAGUGAUGAGGAGGAUGGGGCUGCUGCAGAAACUGAUGAAGARGAGCAAAAAAGAGAAGAGAAAACUGAAGAAGUAGCGCCUGAGGAAGAGCUUGAUCCUGAAGAGAGGGACAACUUCCUCCAACAGCUUUACAAGUUUAUGGAAGACAGAGGUACUCCUAUCAAUAAACCACCAGUUCUGGGCUACAAGGACCUUAAUCUCUUCAAACUUUUUAGACUGGUUUAUCAGCAGGGUGGGUGUGACAAUAUUGAGAGUGGUGCUGUAUGGAAGCAAAUUUAUAUGGACCUUGGCAUUCCUAUUUUGAACUCGGCUGCUUCCUACAAUGUAAAAACUGCUUAUAGAAAGUAUCUUUAUGGUUUUGAAGAGUACUGCCGUUCUGCAAACAUUCAGUUUAGGACCAUCCAUCACAAUGAGCCAAAAGUGGUAGAAGACACACAGAAACACGUGGAACCAAUGGAGGAAAGUGUGAAAGAGGAACAAAAAAUGCCUCCAACAGAAGUUAAAAAAGAAGCAGAAGAAAAUUAUUCCAGCAGUGAAAGUGAGAAGGAAGAAAUUGAGCUAAGAUCCCCAAGGGGACGAAGAAGACUUGCCCGUGAUGCAACCCCGGCUAAAAAAGAUGGUGAAGAGGAUARAACACAAGACAAAUUAAAAGACAGUAACAAAGAAAACAAAGAUGUAGAGGAAACACCUGAGAAUGCAGARAAGAAAGAAAAUGAAACUCCACUGGGAAAGAAAAGUACACCAAAGCAAAAAGAGAAGAAAAUUAAAAAACAGGAGGAUUCUGAUAAAGAGUCAGAUGAAGAGGAAGAGAGGCAGAGGGAGAGGGAAGAAAUUGAGAACAAAGGAGAAUCAGAAGGUGARGAGGAUGAGGAGGACACAGAACCCUGCCUGACUGGAACCAAAGUGAAAGUAAAAUAUGGACGUGGAAAGACUCARAAAAUUUAUGAAGCCAGUAUUAAAAACACAGAAAUUGAUGAUGGAGAAGUUUUAUAUUUAGUUCAUUACUACGGUUGGAAUGUAAGAUAUGAUGAAUGGGUGAAAGCUGAUCGGAUUAUCUGGCCUGUGGAAAAAGGAGGACCAAAGAGAAAACAGAAGAAAAAAACAAAAAAUAAAGAAGAUGGUGAAAAGGAUGAGAAGAAGGACGAGGAGAAGCAAAAGUCCAAGCGUGGGCGGCCCCCUCUGAAAUCCACUCUUCCAUCCAACACRUCCUGCAGCCUACCCAAAACACCCACCAGUGAAGCAACACCUCGCAGGCAGACGAGACGUAGCUCAGGAAUGUUUGAUUCUGAUAGAGGAUCAAACGACUCUGGCACAUCUGACAGUGAAGCAGAUGAGUCAUCUGAAAAGAAUUUGAAUGAAGAAUUUUCUCCAGAAACUUCAGAACUGGAAAAAAGUGACAAACUCCGUGAUGAGAAGCUGGAUGAGGAAAACCCAAAGAUCUCUCAUGCGUUGAAAGAAAACGACAGGACUCAAGUGCAGCCACUAGAAACACUGAAACUGGAAGUUGAGGAAAGUGAACAGAUUGUUCAAAUUUUUGGAAACAAAACGGAUCAAAUGGAAGAAAUCAAAAGAGAGGUUGAAAAAUCACCAAAGGGAAAAGGGAGAAGGAGCAAGACAAAGGAGUCUUCAUUAGAGAAUGCAAAGAUUGCACCAGGAGGCCAGGAGGAGGUGGCAAAUGAAUCCCUUACAGAACCUGAAAGAUUGGAUGUGUCUUCCUUGGACUGUAAAGACAUCUCCAGCACUACUGAAAGUGAAACAGAACCUUCAACAAAAGAUAAGAAGCUUUUGAAAAGGAAAACUUUGGARCAGGCAUCACCUGAGAAGAGAAAUCGGCGAGAGAGUGAGAUGGAAGUGCCAAAUAUUGUAUCUGAAGAGAGGACCAAUGAAUGUACUGGAGCAGAGGAAUGUAGAGGGCUGAAUGCUGAGGAGUCCCUCAGAACUGAAAAUGAGGAGAUGCCAUCCCUGGUGGCAGAAUCAGUUCCCCACGGUCCAGAGCUGAGGAAUGACAACUUCCAACGUCCGGCCGAAGCAAAUGAGAGCGUCCCCAUGAAAGAUGAGGAUGACACCAUGCCUCAGAUUGGUCCUGAAACUUUGCUGUGCCAUGAAGUAGACUUGGAUGACUUGGAUGAGAAGGAGAAGAGCAGCRGUGAGGACACAAUAGCAGAAAAGCCAGACCCUAAUGCUUCCAACCCAACCCCCUCUGCCUURCCCACCACUGUCCCCUCGAGCUUCCCGGUGGCCUCUCCUCUGGCCCUGAGCCAGGACGAGUCACGGAGCAUCAAGAGUGAGAGUGACAUGACCAUUGAGGUGGACAGUGUGGCAGAAGARUCCCAAGAAGGUCUCUGUGAGAGCGAGUCUGCCAAUGGAUUCGAAGCCAGUACCACGUCCAGCAAUUGCAGCAUCGCUGGGCAAGAGAGGGAGAUGGGAGAGAAAGGUCAAAAAAGACCCAGUGACAGCAAUAGUGGAACACUGGCAAAAAAGCAAAAGCGAACUCCAAAGCGAACCAGUGCUGCAGCCAAAAAUGAAAAGAAUGGAACAGGACAAAGCAGUGACAGUGAAGACCUCCCUGUCCUGGACAGUUCGAGUAAAUGUACUCCUGUCAAACACCUCAAUGCAUCCAAACCACAGAAGAUUUCCCGYUCCCCUGCCAGAGUGAUGUCCCCUCACAUCAAAGAUGGAGAGAAGGAUAAACACAGGGAGAAGCACCACCACCAGAAUGCUUCACCCAGAGUGUACAAGUGGAGCUUCCAGCUCAAUGAACUGGACAAUAUGAGCAGCACUGAAAGGAUCUCCUUCCUACAAGAAAAACUGCAGGAGAUACGAAAAUACUACAUGUCCUUGAAGUCAGAAGUAGCAACCAUAGAUAGGAGAAGGAAACGAUUAAAAAAGAAGGACAGAGAAGUGUCACACACAGGAGCAUCCAUGUCAUCUGCUUCGUCAGACACUGGAAUGAGCCCCUCGUCRUCCUCUCCUCCCCAGAACGUGCUGGCUGUGGAAUGCAGGUGAUAAACAUUUCUCUGCCUUGCCAGCAGCUUGCUGCCAUGGACAUAAACCCUGAAAUUCAGCCACAGAAAGCACUCAACUGGUUUGACAUUGCCAAGUAUAUCCUGUACACACUUCCACUGCUGGACUGUACCUGUUCCCCCCUCCUACCCUCUUCUUUUGUUUAAUUUACUGUUCUGAGAACUUAAGCUCAUUGGUAACUGAAGGUUUGUAGGCACAACGUGACAUCCUUGUCAUUGUGUUUGUU